AUUUACUUUCUCACGACCAACCUGACUAAUUUUCUUUAGUUAUCAUCAAGUUGUGAGGAUUGAGGAUAUCAAGGUCAGCUGAGUCAUCUACUACAAAUCAACGCCGGGUCUGAUGCGGACUCCGUCACUGCCAUCCCACUUGAUUUCUCCGCCGCGAGUUAGCAGGAAUUAGUGACUUUAAAUCAUGCAAUUUUCGUCGAUUGGCUACAGAGUAGUCUGAAUAUGGGGAUAAUUGCGUAGAUAUGAGACCUCGAAGCUUCUUCACGUUAGCAUCCUCUCGAAGCCUCACAAGACCCCAGCUAGCUUGCGGCGGAAAAGUCGAGGGUGUACGGUACAGUAAGCGCGGAAUUCAAUGACAUCGAUGAUGGUGGAGACCUACGGAUUUAUGAGGGACGUACAUAUAUCUAUACAAGUCGAGCUCCUACUUGAAUCUUCUCACACAAACACACUAUUAAGAUCCGAUUAUUCACCCACUUCACUAUGGCCCCGCAACUCGCUUGGAUCGGCCUCGGCAACAUGGGCAGGGGCAUGUGCAAGAAUCUCGUUGAAAAAGGCAAUCUCGACAAGCCCCUGAUCCUCUACAACCGCACCCAGAAACGAUCUGAUGACCUCGCUGCCAAAUUUGGCUCCGGCAAGACCAAAGUGGUGUCUGAGAUCAGCGAUGCCGUUAAAGACAGCGACAUCGUCUUGCUUUGUCUCGGAGACGAUGAUGCGGUAAACACUACCGUUGACGUCAUCUUGAAAAACGACGUCAAGGGCAAGUUGAUUGUAGACUGCAGUACCGUACAUCCGGAUACUACAAAUGCGUUGGAGAAACGAGUCACAGAAGCCGGUGCAGAGUUCGUAGGAGGGCCUGUCUUUGGCGCUCCACCAAUGGCCGAUAACGGCCAACUUGUUUGCGUCAUGGCAGGUUCGAAAUCUGCAGUCGACAAGUAUAAGCCUUACACCAAAGGUGUUAUGGGCCGCGCGGACAUCGACUACUCCGGUCAACCGGCGGGCAAUGCUACCCUUCUGAAGGUGAUUGGCAACACGUUCAUCCUCAACAUGGUCGAGCAACUCUCCUCAGGCCACGUUCUUGCCGAAAAGACUGGGCUCGGAACAGACAAUCUCCAUCAAUUUAUCACCACCAUGUUUCCCGGCCCGUACACAGCCUACAGCCAGCGCAUGCUCGAAGGUGACUAUUACCAACGCGAAGAGCCGCUUUUCCAUGUCGAUCUGGCACGGAAAGAUGCUAGGCAUGCGAUGGCGUUGGCUGAGAGCAGUGGGAGUUCCGUGCCGAUGUUGGAGAGCGCGAACAAGCACUUGAUAGCGGUGAAGGCGCAUCUGGGUGAUAAGGGCGAUAUUCCUAGCAUAUAUGGCGCCGUGAGGAAGGAGAGUGGUUUGAAGUUUGAGAACAAGGAGUAGAGAAUGGCGUGGUGCAACGAUUCAAGAAUUCAAUUUAUCCACGGGACCUUUUGAGUUCACCGGAUAUGAGUAGAUCAUAUAGUCAUUACGCCAUCU